AUGGCCGACAUCACCGAUCAGCACGACCAAACCUCGCCUACCGAGCUCGACGAGUCGCAGUCGGUUGGCAAUGGUAGUGCUCCUACUGAGAGCCGUGGCAUCAAGCGCCAGCGUCCUUCUGCGGGCGACGACGACGACGAUGAUGACGAAAAGGGCGGCCGCGAGCGUCGCAAGAUUGAGAUCAAGUUCAUUAGCGACAAAUCUCGUCGGCACAUUACCUUUUCGAAGCGUAAGGCUGGUAUCAUGAAGAAGGCCUACGAACUCUCUGUUUUGACGGGCACCCAAGUCUUGCUUCUCGUCGUGUCCGAAACGGGCCUCGUCUACACCUUCACGACGCCGAAGUUACAACCACUGGUCACCAAAGCCGAAGGCAAAAACUUAAUUCAGGCUUGUCUCAAUGCUCCGGAACCUACUCCUGGCAACGAGAAUGGCGUCGACGGUGGCGACCAAGUUGAUUCGCCCGAGGAGUCUGCCGCACAGCAUAUGCCUCCUCAAGGAGGCAGACCAGGCAUGCCGCAGAACCCGCACAUGCCCGGAAACUACAUGCCCAAUAUGCCCAUGGAUCCCCAACAAGCUCUCGCGUACCAAAACUACGUGCAACAACGCAACCAAGGGUAUGGGUCGGGAAUGCCUCCGCAAGGUGGCAUGCCGCCUAGCAACCACCAUCAAUCAUGA